AUGACCUCUCCCAAGCCCGAGGACAUUAUCGAGGAUACCAUCAUCUCGCCCGGGGCUAUGGCCGCCGGCGUGUCGGCCAUGUCCAUCUCCGAGGAGAAGGCCGCCGCCGCCGCCGCCGCCGCCAAGCCGGCCUCCGAGUCCAAGCCCGCCAAGGAGGAGGACCAGCAGCCGGCGGCGGCGGCGGAGGAGGAGGAGGAGGAGGACAUCCUCAAGGCCUUUGAGAAGGUGCGCCGGAGCGUGCCGCUGCUGAUGACCGAGGAGGACCUCUCCUCCAUCGGCCAGACGGCCGGCAAGGCGGAUGAGGCCUUCUCUGGCGGCUCGACCAACAGCCAUCUGAGCUCGACCGAGGGGAACACCGCGCUGGAUGCCCUGCAGGCCCUGCUGUAUGAGGGCACGCCGGAGGAGGUGGCCAACAACUUCAAGGACCGCGGCAAUGAGGCCUUCCGUGCCGGCUCGGCCAAGUAUGCCACCGCGCUGGAGUUCUACACCAAGGCCCUGGAGACCGAGGGCGUCCCGGCCGCGGUGGCGUCCAUCUGCCUGACCAACCGUGCGGCCGUGCAUCUGGAGAUGACCAACUACGGCCGCGCCAAGAAGGACUGCCUGGAGGCCCUGCGCCAUGACCCUUCCAAUGUCCGGGCGUACUUCCGCCUGGCGCGGGCGCACAACCGUCUCAACCAGUUCACCGAGGCGCUGGAGUACUGCGAGCUCGGCCUCAAGGUGGACCCCAAGAACAUGGCCCUGCUGGGCGAGCGCCGCAGCAUCUCCGAUGCCCGGGCCAAGCACGAGGCGGCCACGGCCGCCCGGGCCGAGGAGCAGCGCAAGGCCGACGAGGCGGACGCCCCGCUGAAGAAGGCCUUCGCCGCGCGCAAGCUCUGGGUCGAGGACAUGGCCAAUGUCGAGCUGCCGGUGCCGCCGGGGGUCACCCUGCCGCCGGUGUACCUGGACAAGCGCGGGCGCCUGCACUGGCCGGUGCUGCUGGUGUACCCGGAGUACAUGGUCACCGAGCUGAUUCAGGACUUCUGCGAGGAUGACCUGCUGUCGGACCAGCUGGCGGUGGUCCUCGGCGAGCGGGCCCCCUGGGACGAGCGCGGCGACUACACCCUGAAGAAUGCCUGUGUGUCGUACGAGUCCACCCGCGACAGCACCGACGGCACGGCCAAGCUCAUCGAUGUGCCCCUGCGCCAGCGCCUGGGCGCCACCCUGGCCCAGCCGACCUACUGCAUCAUCAACCGCGUGCCGGCCCUGCUGAUCACGGCCAAGGGGUCCGACUUCCACAAGGACUUCCUCAGCCGCUACGGCCGCAAGUGAUGUGCCGCAUUUGAUGGAGGUGCAUCCCCCGUCCCGCAUGCGCGAGUGCAUGUGUCCCGGCAUCCUGCUGUCCCCGCUCCCUCCCCCGGGAGGGGAGCGCUCCUCCUGACGCCCCGGUGUUCUUGUGGUGUCCAUGCAAAAUAGAGCUGCCUCUGUC